AUGGUCGAUGAUAUUGUCAAAACAGAAACCAUAACCAACGAAGACGUCAUCAAAGUCAAGUUCACACCGGUUCCGCCGGAAAUGGAUUCACUAACUUCACAAUUUAUAAAAAGAUCGGUCACCCCUGUCAAUUAUCUGAAAAAUGAUUUUGACGAUCUUACCAGUUAUAAAAUUGUAAAUUCAUUAUGUAAGGAACAGUUACUUCAACCGGACGGUCUGAUUGACAAACUCGAGGGCAUGAGAAUUGAGCGGGAACACAGUCCAUUAGCCAAUACCUUGAUUUCGGAGAAGCUAAUCAAAAUAGACAGUUACUUACAAGAAAGUUUGAAUAGAUGUUCCGAAGCUAAAGACACAGUCCCUCACGAGGUAAAGACAGAGACAGAUGUGAUUAAAUAUAUAAUGGAGACACAAAACGAUGACAUCUCAAUAAAUAAUCAAGUUAAAAUCAGCGAGACUAAUCCUAAAUAUGGCGCAGAAAACUCAAAUAAAUCUUUCCAAACUCCUAAAGAAAAUAAAAAGUCUAAAAACAGUGUCGAUAAAAAGAACUCAGGAGUAUUAGGCACUAUAUAUAAAUUGCCAAUGCAUUACCAUGCGGCAAUCAUAUGUUUUUUACUAAUUGUAUAUAACCUUAUAUACCAAUAUAUAAAACAAAAUUGCUACGGCAAUCGUGCCACAGUGUAG